AGACGGGCAAGCAGGCCGGCGGCCAAUAGCGGGCGAGUAAGCGUAAGCGCUCUGACUAGCUUGACGAUUAGUCUGUACGUCCGUGUGAAAAACACUCUCCCGAGCUCGGACGAUACCCGCGCUUUCUACAAACUCUCAGCUACAUAGCCGAGCUCCUGCGUUUCGGAAAGUACAGUACGCGCCGCGAACUCUUCAGCGACCUCACGUUUUCCCCGAACCGGGACAGCCUAACUGCUAAUUUUCGCCCUGGCUCCUGCGGCCCUGAACUCGAUUGGUUGUUUCGAUCUCCUAUCUCCUCUUAGAUCUGAGAGAAGUGGAAAGACCGUCACAGAAAUGUUUCGCCGCAGCUCGUAUGCCGGAAUGCAACAACAGUCCGCUCCACAAUCGACGGCAGCUCCGGCGAGCGCGAACGAUUCCAGCAAGAAAAUACACUUGUUCGAAAGUCUCCGAAAUACGAUGUACCAACGAAGCCUUGAAGUUCCCUCGCAGCGCCAGCCGAGUCGACGAACCAGCCGGAGCAACGACAACGCUGUGACCUCUGACAUUGACUGCUCGCAACAAUCGAUCCUCAACGCGAUGGAUCGUUUCGUGAAGGCUGUGAACAAUAUGGACUCAACGGUGCUUGUUCCUAGUCGUCUUAAGGAUAUGGAUGUCGGAGGACGAGUGUCCCCCCCUCCGAAUAUGCAGGUCGAAGAUCUGCACGCGUUUUUCACGGUGUUGAACGACGUCAAGAACGAGUUGUUGUGGGGACCCGAUCUGGGCAAUGGUCUCCACCUUCUUACGUCGCCGACUUUCAACUCGGCCCUCCGAGUGCCGUCCGUGAGCACGCGCUCGACUCACAAGCGACAACCGAGCAACGGAUCCCUCGGCUCGACAGCAUCCGACCUCGAAACCGACAACGAUUCGGUGUCCGACUAUACCGACGCACCGGAACAGAGCACGCAACUCGCGACAGCGUUCCGCGUUCACCUACAAGGCCUGCAUACGAUACUCCAUCAAUUGGCCGAUUCGGCCGAUUACCUGUCGGCCCGCUAUCAAGAAGAAGUUGAAGUAUCUCAGUGAAUAUCCUGCGAACACUAUUCAGAGAAACUCGCGGUGAGCAACUCGAUGACGAUCGUCGGUCUAGCUUUAGCUAGCUAGUUGAUUCGCUAGCUGAAAGUUACCUGUUCUUAUCCUAUGCAUAAGAUAAUUUAUUCAUUCACAUACUUCACGAUAAGUACAUCCAUAGAGUUUAUAAAACGAAUCGUGACUUGUUGCCCCCGAGACCAUUAUUUUAUUCACGAUCAUGUCAUUGCGAUCAUCUACCUGCGAAAGUCGCCUCGAUCGGAGAUGAUCUUCAUAUGGUGGAAGGUCCGAAUGUUCUCCGCUAAGAUCGAACGUCUUCUCGGAGAGGUGUCGAAGACGAAGCGCCGUCUACUCGCUAUACGAUCGGUCCAGGAAAUCAAAGCUGCGACAGACAGACUUUUUUGAUCGUAUAAAAAUUCGAGCGCUGAGGCUCGUCGGACAGAGAAUGAAAUUCUAUUUGCCGCGCCGCAACAGCAGAAACUUUCCAAACAGAGCCGGCAUGAAUGAGCCGCUGCACCGGUGACCGGCUAGAGGGAAACCUGAGCGGCUUACCAUAUCGCGCACAGUGCAAAAAAAUCCGCUGUUUCAAAUAUCCAUGAUUUAGGCUGUUUCUAUGGCCGAUACGCUCGGUCGAGAUUAAAUGAAUGUUGAGGUGAUGAGACCGGUUUCUUUUUUUUGGGGGAAAAAAUACGGACGUGAACUAGAAGUUUGGUGCAGCACUAUUCAAUUGCCUUGUCAUGCGAUGAUUGUAGUCGAGAAUUCGAGCGGGGGCUUGGGAAUCGGUCUACCGCAAGAUCCGAUUCGGCUAUUGGAAUAAAGAGUUGUAUCUAUUUU